UUAUAUAUUUUUGUGUGUGUGUGUGCUUAGACAGUAUUUUUAAAUUUAGUACAGAAAGAUAAAAUGUAAAUGUUUUAUCAAAGUUUCGCGGAAUCAACUAAUUUGAUAGAUUAUCUGUUAUAUAUAAAGCCAGCGUCUAACUUUUUCCGCUAGAAAGUUUCACAAUAACAGUUUAUUAUGACUCAUGUUCUUCUUUUCUUUCUUUCUGCUCUUUUAAAUCAGGCAGUUUUAAAUGGCGAAGACAUUCGUUGUAUAAUGUUGAGUGAAAUAAAUUUUGCCGAUUGUAAUCAGGAUUUGUCAAGGGAGUAUUUUUGUUCAUUAACACUAGAACAACAAACUUGGUUGCAGUCGCUUUGGAAAGCAGCUCUUCAAGACAGGUCAACACCAAUUCGAAAACGUCGGGAAAUACGCACACUGACUGCAACAGAGCGUUCGACUUUUUUCAGUGCUCUCAAUAAUUUAAAAAAUGACACGACAGUUAAACCAAAUAAAUUUGACACCUUGGCAUUGAUUCACAGUAAUCGUACGUUGUGUUCAGCCCAUCGUGGAUCAAAUUUCCUCGGAUGGCAUCGGGUCUACCUUCUGUUGUUUGAGACCGCAAUUCGACAACAAGAUGACUCUGUAACAUUACCUUACUGGGAUUCUGUACUCGAUAAUCAAAAUAUUACUGACCCGAGGCACACUGUUAUAUUUACAGAUCAAUUUCUAGGAAAUGGCGAUGGAAUUGUUGAUUCCGGUCCUUUUAAACAUUGGCUAGAUAUAAACAAUUGUCCAUUACAACGUAAAGUAAGUCGAAUUGACCAUACCGAACUGCCAUCCCCUGAUAUCAUUAACAUGAUUGAAAAUGAUAUUAAAGUACACCAUGUUGCAGAUGUUAUAGAUCAUUUAGGGAAAGCGGAGCAAGCAUUAACAAUAGAAGGUCAACAUAACCUUCCUCACGAAUGGGUCGGAGGGACGAUGGACGUUUUAAACAGUUCAGCCAGGGACCCGACAUUUAUUUUACACCAUGCUUUCAUAGACUACGUGUGGGAAAAAUUUAGACAAAAGCAAGAGCGACUUGGAGAGAACCCGGAAUUUUAUCCACCUUUAGGGAAAACUUCUAAAACUGACAAGUAUAACCUGACAUCUUUCCACACUGCCGACCGCACCAUGGAUUGCUUUCCUUGGAUGGAGAACAAGGAUGGGUAUCGGAGUAACUUUGUCGGAAUAUUGUAUGAAUAUGAAGAAUCGCCACAAUGUCCAAACUGCGGCAAGUCAAAAUAUCUUACCUGCAAUAAAAAACUCAACAGAUGCAUUGGUUCUGUUCCGAAGGAUUCUGUAAAGGGACAUUUGUGGGCUAUAAUCAUUAUAAUAGGUGUAAUCGUCGUAGCCAUAAUCAUUGUGUUUUGUUUGUUGAAAAAACGUUAUUCCAAAAAAGACUAUACAAGAUUCUAAUGUGCUACGUCACAUUCUUUUUUCUUGAUUUUUUUUGUAAUCAUUGGUGGUAAUAAAUUAGUGAACGAA